UUCAGUACUUCUACAACAACUAUCGGACCGGAAGGGAGUAGUAAAGGGGUUUGGGCUGGAUGCUGGAAGCCCAUCCUACACAAAUCCUCGAGAUGGACAUCUCAUUGUCGGUGGAUACGACAAAGUCAGGGUCAGCGCUAGCUUCAAAGACUAUAACAUUAGCGAUACCCAGAUAAGUAGAAGAAUAUGUCCCCUUCAAGUGAUCAUCACCGAGCUUAUCUUGUCACGACCCGGUAUAGAGGAUGUCAUCCUCAGCUCCAGAGGUGAACAGAUACCCGCUUGUAUUGAGCCAUACGAUGUGUUAUUCCGUUUUCCGGAGCGUACCCUCCGUGCCUUUGCACAAGAAACCGAAUUCGCGAACGGCACCCUCCCUGACCCAUCCGAAUUUUAUAUCGUGGAGCCCGGAAUUACUUAUCCGUCGGACAUUGGCUUCAAUGGCUCACUCAAGUUUACGCUCGACAAUGACUUUGUCGUUGAAAUUCCUAAUGAGGAACUCGUUCACCCCCUUCGUGGGAUAGCUCGAGAUGGGACCAAAACUUUGAUGACCAAUACUACCGAGAUCAACGUAUUUCGGGACGUCGCACUCUUGGAUACAGCCGUCUUGGGUAAAGCAUUCCUCAGUCGAGUCUAUCUUGUAGUAGAAUACCGUAGUUCUGGGCCUAUAUUUCGUAUCGCAAAGAGCAAUUCUGGCAACCUUCCUCCCAAUCCCGUUCCUUUUGAACCCGAUUGUACCCCUUCUCAGCCAGAUCAAGGGCCGAAUCUAGGAAAGAUCAUUGGGAUCGCGGUUGGUACUAUUAACAAUGUCACCGAUAGGUCGACCCUCUCACAUGUUCGGUAUUGGCAUUUGUUGGAAGGAUCGUCGAGGCGUUUCAAUCUCACACCAGUACUUAGCUUCGUAGGGUUUACGCGGCAGCUUUAUUUACAGCUGCUCUCUGGUAUCUAG